UUAUUACACCUCUCACAACCCUUAAAAGGUAUUUACUGACUUACUCCCAUUGCUCAUUCUGCACCCUUGUAUCCGGUGGCGCUGCCAAUAAUUUCGAAAAGACAAGACAACAGAAGACAAGACAAGAACAAGGUCAAAGGGCAAAAAGCGCAAAAGCCGAAAAAACAACAAAAAUGAUAUCCGGCAUCGCCCACAUCAACGUCACCGUCCCGCGCGACACCCUCCACCUAGCGACCGACUUCUACUCCGGCACGCUGGGCCUCACGCCGCGCGCAGUGCCGCACCUACAAAAGGACACGCUGGCGUGGUUCGACAUCGGCACGUCCGGCCAGCAGGUGCACGUCGCCAUUGGCGCGGACUCGGAUUUUUCGCGCCCCUUGUCGUCGCGGCAUCCGUGCUUCAAGCUGGCCAGUUCCGAGGCCUUGCUGGAACUGCGACGGCGUAUCUGGGAGCACCACGAGCGCGGCGGGGAGAGUGCGCCCCAGCAAGCUGACCAGCCCGGUCAGGAGGAUAGUGGAGCGAAAGGCGUCGAGUAUCCGCAGCGAUUCUUCGCGAGAGAUUUCGCGGGAAACAGAUUGGAAUUUAGUCUUUGAUCUGGCCUUUUGUGUUGGGUCCUGUGGGCGACGAGGGCAAGAGCGACAAGUAACACGGCUACCUUUGCAAUUAUAUGCUUGAAGCGACAAGAGGUCUUUGGGUUGCGAGGUUAUCGGAGGCAGUGAGCGUCGCCAUGAUGAUGGAGAAGAGCAUGGAUCCGGGACGACGUCCGCCAUCCCUCCAGGAUUGCGAAUUGGGCAUUGGCAUAUUCCUGACGGGCUUCAGCACGCCGAGUUGGGACCUCCACUUGGCUGCCUAUGUAAUGGUAAGGUAAGUACGGGACAUGGAUCUUUGGUGGCGCUCAGUGAAAUGCCACUUUAAAAAUCAUCGGAGCUGUGGUCGUCUCUAGCAGGGAAGCUUCGGAGAAUCCAACUGAUGUAUCGGCGCAAUUUCAAAACUACCUACCUGAAGUGUGCUGCCCCAAGGCUCUCAGCUUGCU